CCGGCUGUGUUGCGUCACUUCCGGCUGCGUCGGCGCAGGUGAAGUGGACAGUUCGGAAACAGAAACUGGAGUCGUGACGAUGUGACAGGAUGGCCUGACUGACGGAGCCGCUCACAGCUGGAAGAGGAGAGUGAACGAGGGAAAGAGAAGCCAUGGCCUGUGUGCGAGUGCCACUGGACGAGCAGCAGGUGACGGAGGCCGGGCCUCUGGGAAAAGAGCGCACGCUGCCCGCGCUGCACCCGGACAGGACUGAGCAGCGCUGUUUCGUGCCUUACAAACCUCCUCCAGAGGACAGCACCCCCGCUGAGGUGGAGGAGUUCUUGGAACAUGCCAAAUUCAUCACGGAGGACUUGGAGUGGCUGCUCGCGCUGCCGCACGACAAGUUCUGGUGUCAGGUGGUGUUUGACGAGUCACUGCAGAGGUGCCUGGACUCGUACCUGCAUCACGCCCCCCGGGGCCUGGACCUGGCCGCCGUGCCCUCCUCCCCGGCCGUGGCGGACAUGCAGCGGUCCGUUCACAGGGCGGUCUUCCUGACCUUCCUCCGGAUGGCCACGCAUAAAGAGUCCAAGGAGAACUUCUUCACCCCGGCCGUGUUUGGAGAAAUCAUCUAUGAGAACUUCCUGUUCGACAUUCCCAAAAUCCUGGACCUGUGCGUGCUCUUUGGGAAGGGCAACGGCCAGCUGCUGCAUAAGAUGAUCGAGAACAUCUUCACCCAGCAGCCCUCCUACUACAGCGACCUGGAUGAGACUGUGCCCACCGUGCUACACGUGUUUGACACAAUCCUGGAGAAGUGCGGCCUUCAGUGUGAAGGCGCCACCGCCAUGGAGCCUAUGAGGCUGAACGCACACAAACAGCCCACUGCCAUGACCAUGAGUCAGCAGGAGCUUGUAGAUAUUCUUUUGUACCUGUGUGACUCCACCACCACCAUCCAUGCCUUCCUGGACAUCUUCCCUGCAGCCUGCAGCAGCUUCCAGUCCCGCGGCUUCCUGAGCAGACUGACCUCGUUUUAUGAGACCAUGGUGCCUGACCUGGAGAAGGCCGUCCGGAAGAGAAACUUUGACGACAAGAGUCUUCAGGAGGACCUGUGGAAGAGGCUGUCUCACUCCUGCCGGAAGAUGGUGGAGACGAGUCACCUGCUGCUGCACCACACCUGCCUGCAGCCCAUCCUGGAGCGGAGAGAAAACAUGCAAACAUUUGCAGAGGAGCUCCUACAAUAUUUCACAUCGUUUUUACCUGAGAAAAGGUUCUUGUGCGACUAUGAUGAACAGUUCCCCAUCGCAGAGGACAUCAGCCUCUUACAGCAGGCCCUCCCCGUCAUAGACGAAACCAGGACCUCCUACUUACUGCAGGGGGUGGAAAGCGCCUGGGACGGCGCGGGACGGCGGAGGCCGGAGAGCCGGACGCAGGAUCCGACUUUAGGAAUCCAUUCAGCGGGCCAGGGCGGUGCUGCAGGUGGAGCGGCGGGCGGUGCUGCAGGUGGAGCGGCGGGCGGAGCAGCGGAACAGUCUCCAGGAGAGAGUCUGCGAGGAGCCGAGGCCAUGCUGGAUGUCCCACGAAAGGGAAGCAAUGGCGCGGCGUGCUCGGUGAGCGGGGCGGAGCUGGAGUCCCUCCUGUCCUGCAUCCGGGACCUGCUGCCCGACCUGGGGGAAGGCUUCCUGCUGGCCUGCCUGCACGAGUACAACUACAACUCUGAGCUGGUCAUCAACAACAUCCUGGAGGACCGCCUGGCGCCCAGCCUGGACCAGCUGGACCGAGCCAUGCCCAGGCCGGUGAAGGAGGAGCUUCCUACUGUUCUGAACAGCAGAUCCAACGUGUUUGACGACGACGAGUUCGACGUCUUCCGCAGGGACCAGGUGGACAUGUCCCGCAUCUGGAAGGGCCGGAGGCAAGGCGAGGACGCUCGAGAGAUGCUGAACGACAAGCAGCACGUGGAGCAGCAGAGGGCCCGGUACCAGGCCUACCAGACGGUGGUGGACGAGGUGGACCUGGAGCCCGGCGAGGCCGCCGCCGCGUACGGCCCCGACGACUACGAAGACGAGUACGACGACACCUACGACAUGAACCAAGUGGGAGCCAACGACCUGGACGGAGACUCCCUGCUGAGCAGAAGACCGUUCACCGUCCCCCAGGUGCUGAGGAAGGGAAACAGAGCAGAGGUGGAGGAGGAGGGUGACGAGGAAGAGGAGGAACCUCUUCAGAGUAACGCGAACAGAGACCAGUUCGUGCAGGACCCGGCGGUGCUGAGGGAGCGGGCCGAAGCUCGGAGAGCCGCCAUGCAGCAGAGGAAAGGCUUCCGGCCGGAACGCCAGUCCAACGUGACGGGCCGGCCCAAAGGCCAGGGCCAGACGCUGGAGACCUUCCUGGACCGCCGCAAGAAGGAGGCCAACAAGAGCCGCGUGGCCAACCACAACCGGCGCAGCAUGGCCGACAGCAAGAGGAACAAAGGCAUGAUCCCAUCCUGAGGACGAUGCUCCCGCUGUGGCUCCGGCUCUCAGCGCUUUACUAGGAGGUUGAAUUAGUUUGCAGAGUUUAUUUCAGUGAAAGUGGAACGUCUGGCGUUCACUGGAAGGUUUUGCGUUGGACUUCUUCUUUUCGGGUUGGAGCCUGAAGGACGGUCCGGAGGUUUUCCGCAAGAGUUCGCCAACAACCAAAGUUCAGAGUGUGACUGCAUAGAGUGAGAUUUUCUUUAUUUUUCCAGAGCAACGCCGUCAUCCAAAACCGGAAGAGUCGCCAACUCCCGGGCCCGGUGGCGGCAGCGGCGGCUUGCGCCGCGCUGCUAGCAUGUAGCAUUCAAAAUGCACGCAACGCUGUCCGGCCGUCACAAAAACAAAAGUCUCCAUGAAGAAAGGGGCUCGUGCGCCCCGUGAACCUCCCAACAUGCACACUUACCGUUUUCUAUGAAGAGAUCAGAUCUAUGGGAGCGUUUUGUAACAGAGCGGCGGUGUAAACAGAAGAAACCACAUAAAGUGUUUUUAUCGUCCGUGGUGUUGGGGUCGUCUUUGACUGCAGAGUCCAGUCUGUUACUGUCCAUGUGAGGCUCUUUAGCUCUCUGACACUGUAAUCCAUCACCAGAUUGAUUUAGUAUUUGAUCAGCAACUGAAAAAUGAAAUUUGACAGUUGUUUUCACUUAUUUAGCAGUUUGAGACAAGUUGGUGAGAAGAGUCUGUUCAAACUGCGAGUGAAGACAUCAAACAUGGUUCCCUGAGCAAAUACUUUUGAGCAACAUAGUGGGCUUUUUUUGGGACAUUGAAAGGGAACCAUUUGUGUUUUCCUUGUUUCUUUAAAACCAACUCAUAGAUAACUGUACAACACAUCACUGCCUUUGUUCCAGGCCACUCGUAUGCGACUGUCACCAAACGCUGGUUUACUUUUGCAAAAACCAGAAAACUCUUCAAGCUUCAAUCCCUCUCAGGUUGUUUCUCUGUCUCUGAUUUAAACCUCAGCCCAGAGAGGUGGAGGCCACGCCCCCUCCCGUCUCCCGAAUAUCUGAAAUCUUCAAUUCAAACACAAAAGAAAUGGAUGAAAGAAAACGAACUCGCAGGGUUAAGGUUGGACAUGAUGCACUUUGAAUAGUUCAGCUGUUGAUGUGAUUUUUUUUUUAAACUUUAUUAUUGAAUUUGAAUGUAAGACUCAAGAUUGUGGCCCUUGGAAAUGUUUUUAUUUCUAAAAAAAGGUGAGCAAAUUAGAAAAAGUUUAGCUCUACACUCAAUUAAUGAAUGGAGAGAUGAAAAUGCACUAAAUUAAU